UCGAUGCGUGGAACCGGGUGUUUCAGCGCCCUCGGUAAACGGCGAAUCGCGGAUGCGUAGCGCAAAUUUACAGAACGUACUGAUUGUAGCAUAUUUUAGCGGAAACGUUGCUUUUCCCUGGUGUGAGUCGAGUUAAUUCAGCGAAAAUCGAUCGGAUCCGAAGGCAGAGGGUACCGAUACUCGGCCAAUUAAUGCUUUUGCCAGUCAUUUUUCUCCGUUCUCUCUCGUUCUCCGACAAACAUGCCACUUUUAAUCGAACUCUCGUCAGGAAGGAGAAUCCGGCAAGCUGGAUGUUUGUCCGUUUACUCCCAGCGAAAGUCGAUCUUCCGGGAUCUUGCAAGUUUUGAAGGAUUACAGCGGUGACGCACGACCCUCCGAAGUUGACGAUGCGCAGCAGGAAGUCGUCGUUGAGGCGCUAAAGAACCAGAUCGACGUCGGAUCGAUGGUAUCGGAGAAAUUAUCGGAGAAAGAGCGAGAAGCGAAGAGCGAGAGUCGCGUCGACGUUGGUCGCGAUUCAGCGCAAUCUGCCGUUCCUGACAUCCAUUUCUUGGACACCGACUACAGCGUUUACGACAGAGACUCGUUCGUGUAUUACGGAGAAGAGGAUAGAGGGGAGACGACGGUGUCGUACGAGGAAAUCGAUGACUACGAACCCAUCGGGCUCGAAAAUAUCCUUCACGGUAUUUGCGAAUGUCUGGAGCCUGUUCGUGAGACGGUACGCACCCCGACGCCUCCGCCACCCGACCCUUUCGAGGAGUUUCUGGAAAGAAUGAAACAGGAGGUAGACGAAGGACGUCUCGAGAUGCGUUUUCGAGUGGAGGGAAUCGGUCCACCAGUCUCGACAAAUCGCAUUACAGCUGUGAGUCUGUGGCUGUCAGACUGUGCUCGUCGCCAGGAAGGGCUGGUUGGUCCGCGAAAUAUCAGACAUUUUCUUUGCCCCGAUCUCGAGGAUUGCCAACACGAUAACAACGUGGAUUGAAUGCGAUCGAUAGCUUGCACCGUGAGAAAUAUAUCUGUCACGCGAUAUAUCUGUAGUCGAGUGGUCGCAAUGAGCUAAAAGAAGUAUGUGCAUUAAUCCGAUGAUAACGUUGAAAUUCUUGUCCGGAUUCGUGGCAUAUUAUAACGGAUCGCGAAAGUAAUUUGAACAUUCACCAGGGAACAUUUUUUUAUGGAUACGUUGCAUGAAACUUUUUGAAAUCUCAUUCGCAACACGAUGAGACAGUAGUAUCGUGAUUAUGAUACUUGUAAAACUUA